UUAAAAAAUGGAUAUAUCCGGUUUUGCAUGCGAACUCCUCGAAUGACCUUAACAAACCAGCACUGGAUAUUUGUACUUUAUGGACUUGUGGGAAACUUGAGCAAUUUUUAUCAUUAUUCACUAUGAUCUCAUCAGGUUGACUUUGUGCCAUUUUACGCGACAGUAGAGUGCAAAGAUGAACAUUUCCUCAAAUGUUUAGUUAAACUGAGUUCGUUAUCACACCAACUUAUUAUCUUGCCGCACUUCCCAGUGGAUAAUUAUUCAAAACAUACUCUCGUAGCUCGCCAAUUGUGUGCGUGAUUUUCGAUCUGCACCUACUAAGAUGGAUUUUAGUAAGAAGUACGAAAACCCAAGCCCCGAAGUGAAAGCGAACCCGAUUUCAAAAUUAUUGUUCUGCUGGAUAAUCCCACUAUUUUGUAAAGGAUUCAAAAAAGAUUUAGAAAUUGAGGAUCUAUACAAUGUAAAGAAAUGUGACAUAUCGCAAACAUUAGGAGAUACAAUGGAAAGACAUUGGGAGGAAGAAUGCCUAAGCGCAAAAACGGAAAGCAGGAAACCCAAAUUCAUACGAGCGAUUAGGAAAAUGUUUUUGAAACCCUAUUCGUUAUAUGGCAUAGAGCUAUUUUUCCAGAGCAUCAUUUUGAAGAUGGUACAACCAUUAGUAUUAGCAAAAUUGAUAAAAUAUUUCGAAUCUCCAAGAAGUAUGGGCCGUUUCGAAGGUUGGGCGUGGGCUAUAGGUGUAAUCGGUAUGGCAUUUAUCAACGUUAUAAUCAUUCAUCGUACUUCACUGGGUCAGCUACGAAUUGGAAUGCAGUGCAGAAUUGCUACGUGUUCUCUAAUUUAUAGAAAGCUACUCCGGUUGAGUAAAGCAUCAAAUGAUAACACAGCGGCUGGACAAGUAGUUAAUCUAUUAUCCAAUGAUCUUGCUAGGUUUGACAUCGUGCCAAUUUUUCUGCAUUACAUCUGGAUAAUGCCCCUGCAAACGGUAAUUGCAGGUGUUAUAAUGUACAAUAGCGUUGGAUAUGCGGCCUUUGCUGGUCUUGUAGCUAUCACCAUCCAAGCCGUGCCUUUGCAAGGGUACUUAUCUUAUUUACAAGGUAAACUGAGGCUUAAAAUAGCCAAUCGUACGGACCACAGAGUGCAACUUAUGAGUGAAAUUACGGCCGGUAUACAAGUGAUCAAGAUGUACGCUUGGGAAAAGCCAUUUGAGGAAAUGGUCAGAAUUGCUCGAAAGUUGGAAAUUGACGUUGUGGCCAUUACGUCUUAUAUUCGUGGUUUGAUAGUUGCAUUAGCAGUAUACACGGAGCGGUUCACACUGUUUUUGACGGUUGUAACUUACGUACUUCUCGGGAAUGCGUUAACUGGCGAUAAGGUUUUUUCAUUGGCGCAGUUCUUUAAUACCAUCCAAGCAUACAUGGUAAUACUUUAUCCGCUAGCGAUAGCAUUUUUUGCUGAAGCAAAGGUGUCAGUGGGAAGAGUUGAGAAAUUUCUGUUGCAAGAGGAGAUACACAUAAGCCGAUCAGACAAAUAUGAAGCAUUACCAAAAACUGGUUUGCUCAAAGUUAAUCAGGCGAAGGCGAGUUGGACACCAAACCCCAUAGUUGACACUCUGACCAACAUAACUUUAAAUAUCGCACCCGGAACACUGUGUGCUGUUGUUGGACAAGUGGGUGCCGGAAAAAGUUCCUUGCUAAAUUUAAUCUUGAGAGAACUCCCCCUUAACAGCGGGUCGUUAGAAGUACACGGAAGAGUGUCUUACGCUUCACAAGAGCCUUGGCUUUUUGUAUCUACAGUUCGGAAUAAUAUUCUUUUUGGAUUACCAUACGAAAGAGCUAAAUACAAAAACAUUGUGGAUAGUUGCGCAUUAAAGAAAGACUUUGAAUUAUUACAAAAUGGCGAUCGAACUUUGGUAGGAGAACGAGGAGUGUCAUUAAGUGGCGGUCAACGAGCGCGCAUUAAUUUGGCACGGUCAGUUUACAGAGAGGCAGAUAUUUACUUAUUUGAUGAUCCUUUAUCUGCCGUCGAUGCGCAUGUUGGAAAACAUCUUUUUGACGAGUGUAUUUUAAAGUACUUAAAAAAUAAGACAAGAAUCUUAGUUACCCACCAAUUGCAAUUUCUUAAACAUGCCGAUACUAUAGUGAUAAUGAGCAAUGGACAAAUUGAAAAAGUUGGAACCUACGAUGAAUUGGUAAGCUGCGAAUUGGCUCACUUGCAGUUUGAGAAACAAGAUGAAACAGAAAACGUUGACAGCACUACAUCAACUGCGGCACUGGUGCGACAUUUAAGGCGAGAUAGCGUAACCGACGAGGACGAGGAGAGUGAGCCGCAGGAAACACAAGAAUUAGUGGAAAAAGGUGCUAUAUCAUCUUCACUGUAUAUGGCAUACAUACGGCAAGGAGGGCCCGUCGUGUUGCUGCUAUUUUUAUUAUUUUUGCUGAUCAUAGCUCAGGUCGCUAGCAAUAGUGCAGACAUCUGGUUAACACACUGGACUAAUACGGAGGAACGCCGUAACUUACACAGAAACUCUAUUAAUGGAAAGGGAUUUAAUUCAACAAUACCAUCAGACCUAUUUACAGCGAUGGAUAAUACCACUCCAAACUCAACUAUGCUUGGUGAAUCCUCAACGCCAAUUACAAUAAACGCUUUGAACGACAACGGAACCAACAUUGUACACAACACCAUGGAGGACGAAGUGUACUCUACUUCAACUUAUAUUUAUGUAUACUCAGCAUUCAUUCUGGCAUCGAUUUUAUUAACCACACUUCGUUCAAUGCUCUUUUUCAAAAUUUGCAUGAACGCGUCAAAAGGUUUACAUAAUCUUAUGUUUAGUAACGUUUUAAGGACUAAGAUGAGCUUUUUUGAUUCCAAUCCCUCAGGUAGAAUUUUAAACCGUUUUUCUAAAGACAUGGGUGCGGUAGAUGAAAUACUUCCUAGAGCGCUCUUGGAUGCCAUUCAAAUUUUUAUGGUGAUGUCUGGAAUACUCGUAAUGGUAUUUAUUGUAAGGCCUUGGAUGAUUAUUCCCAGUGUCAUAUUGGCGGGGUUAUUUUAUUUCACACGGGUAAUUUUUUUGGCUAGUGCUCAAAAUAUUAAACGUUUAGAAGGGAUUACCCGUGCUCCUACCUUCUCGCAUGUGUCAGCCUCACUGUCGGGUUUAGCGACAAUAAGAUCGUCAGGUGCUGAAUCAAUGGUCACAAAAGAAUUUGACGGCAUACAAGAUCAACACACAUCGGCGUGGUUCCUAGUUUUGGCCACGAGCGAAGCAUUCGGUUUCUAUUUGGAUCUUAUUAGCGUUAUAUUUUUAUUGUUACUCACAUUCCAAUUUCUCAUUUUUGAUGACGGGGCAACAUUAAGUGGUGACGUUGGACUAGUAAUAUCACAGUCUUUAAUUUUAACUGGCAUGUUGCAAUUUGGUAUAAGGCAAUCUGCAGAAGUCGCAAGUCAGAUGACAAGUGUGGAGCGCCUUAUGCAGUAUACACGUUUGGAUAAAGAAGAGGUUAGUCAAUCAUGUUCUGUAAAAAAACCUGACAGAGAUUGGCCCAAAAAUGGAGAGAUCGAAUUCAAAAAUGUAAAUUUAUCGUAUACUAACGGCGAACCGGUACUUAAAAAUCUAAAUUUUACUAUUAAACCUGGUGAAAAAGUAGGCAUAGUUGGUAGAACGGGAGCAGGAAAAUCUUCUUUAAUUGCAGCUUUAUUUCGAUUAGCCCCAACUGAAGGUGCUAUUAGAAUAGAUAACGCAGAUAUUUCUGACAUAAGGUUACAUGAUUUACGGAGCAAGAUCUCAAUUAUUCCACAAGAGCCAGUAUUAUUUACAGCGUCAUUAAGACACAACUUGGAUCCAUUACAUGUAUGCGAUGAUGCUACACUAUGGACAGCUCUAGAUAAUGUUGAAAUGAAAGCAGUGGUAGACAAUUUAGAUAUGGAAGUUAAACAGGGAGGUUCGAAUUUUAGUAUUGGACAAAGACAACUACUCUGCUUAGCGCGAGCUAUAAUUCGAAAUAAUAAAAUCCUAGUCAUGGAUGAGGCUACAGCAAAUGUCGACCAUCAAACUGACUCUUUAAUACAAAAUACCAUCAGAGAGAAGUUCAAGGGCUGCACAGUGUUAACCAUAGCCCAUAGGUUAAAUACAAUUAUGGAUUCCGAUAGAGUGUUAGUGAUAGAUGCUGGGGAAGUGGUUGAAUUCGGACACCCACAUGAGUUACUUAAAAAUCACAGUGGCUAUUUUACGAACAUGUUAAAAGAAACGGGAGCAGGAAUGGAAAAUAAAUUACGUCAAAUAGCGGAAAAUUCUUAUAAUGAUAAUAAUGCUACGACUUAAAUUUGAAUUAAUUACAUUUAUAGGCCAGUA